AUGAUAAUCAAUCCUUUCGAAAUCACUCCCUUAACUGUGAUUAAAUGCAGAUAGUUCAGGAAAACUGUCCAGGUUCAUCGUCCCAAGUUGGAGUGGGUGUCUAAAGAAUGAACUGUCUGAAGAAUGAAUAUAGUAAUCCCAUUAUAGUAAUCCAAAAAUCAAACCCAAAAAAUCUUAAAUUUGAAUCCGUACAAGGCACCGGACUCUCUAAUUACACAGAAACCAAUCAGAUGCAGACCUUAAUCAAUCGGUCUCCACCUCCAAUGCCAUCCAUGUCCUCCUCCCUCCUCAAAACCCCACCUCCCUCUCUCUCUCUCCCCAAACCUAACAAAACCCAUUUCUCCCACCUCCCCGUCUCUCUCCUCAAACCCCCCAGAAGGACCCGAAUCCAAUGCAGCCUCAUCGACCCGGAUGGAGGAAAACUCGUCUCACUCCUCGUCGAGGAAACCCAGAGGGAGUCCAAGAAGAGACAGGCCCUGUCCCUGCCUCGAAUCGGGCUGACCCGGAUCGAUCUGGAGUGGGUCCACGUUCUCAGCGAAGGGUGGGCUAACCCGCUUAAAGGGUUCAUGAGAGAGUCCGAGUUCCUCCAAACACUUCAUUUCAACUCCCUGAGAGUUGAGAACGGCGCCGUCGUGAACAUGUCGGUGCCGAUCGUGCUCGCGGUUGACGACGAGCAGAAGGGGCGGAUCGGGGAGUCGACCCGGGUGGCCCUGGUUGAUGACGGGGGUGACCCGCUGGCUAUUCUUAGCAAUAUUGAGAUCUACAAGCACAACAAAGAAGAACGAAUAGCAAGAACUUGGGGUACAACUGCCCCUGGUUUACCUUAUGUUGAGGAAGCAAUCACCAAUGCUGGGAACUGGCUCAUUGGAGGUGACUUAGAGGUGAUAGAGCCGAUCAAGUACAACGACGGUCUUGAUUGCUUCCGAAUGUCUCCUGCAGAACUCCGUGAGGAAUUCAAAAGGCGUAAUGCUGAUGCUGUGUUUGCUUUCCAACUAAGGAACCCUGUGCACAAUGGGCAUGCUUUGCUUAUGACAGACACACGUCGUCGGCUACUUGAGAUGGGAUACAAGAAUCCUGUGCUAUUGCUUCAUCCGUUGGGAGGGUACACAAAGGCGGAUGAUGUUCCCCUUAGUUGGAGAAUGAAGCAGCAUAAAAAGGUUCUGGAAGACGGUGUUCUUGAUCCAGAGACAACUGUGGUUUCUAUAUUCCCAUCACCAAUGCACUAUGCGGGUCCUACAGAAGUGCAGUGGCAUGCAAAGGCUCGGAUUAAUGCGGGGGCCAACUUUUAUAUCGUUGGUCGGGACCCAGCUGGUAUGAGCCAUCCAGUUGAGAAAAGAGAUUUAUAUGAUGCUGACCAUGGGAAGAAGGUCCUGGGCAUGGCUCCUGGAUUGGAAAGGCUAAACAUCCUGCCUUUCAAGGUGGCUGCAUAUGAUAAGACUCAGGGUAAGAUGGCAUUCUUUGAUCCUUCAAGGUCUCAGGACUUUCUGUUCAUUUCAGGAACAAAGAUGCGAGCGCUAGCAAAGAGCGGAGAGAACCCUCCGGAUGGGUUUAUGUGUCCCGGUGGUUGGAAGGUGUUGGUAGAAUACUACGACAGUUUGGCUCCCACCGGUAAUGGUAAAGUCGCUAAACCUGUGCCUGCUUAGAAGGAUUUGCUUUUAGAUUAUGUUUUAGUUUGGGAGAAACUGAAAACUAUAUUCACUCUCCAUUGGGUUAUUUGUUCAAAGGUUGUAAAGAUUCAGUGUCCAGAUCUUGAAUAAAUCAUGAGGCAGAUUUGGCCUCGUGGCUGUCAUUAGAGCUCCAAAGAUGGCAGCUUGAAAUUGUGCACUGUAUCACAUGGAUAUGUUGGUGAAGUACGUUUUUAGAGACUAAUAUAUAUAUCUUGUUCUCCUUUU